AUUCCGUGUAAACGGGUUUCCUCAAAUUUCUACAAAGAUUCCUACUUUCUUCUCCGACCAAACCCCCCGUCGGCGGCGGCUCUCACUACGCCGGAGAAAUGCUUCAACGAUGUCUUGGAACUCACCGUCUAUGGAAGAUCAAAAGAAUCAUUAGACAGAGCAAGCUCACGUUCAUCUGUCUUCUCCUAACAUUCGUCGUUCUCCGUAGCAACAUCGGCGCCGGAAAAUUCGGAACUCCUCAGCAAGAUUACGACGAGAUCCGACAACAUUUCUACUCCGGUCGCCGCGCCGAACCUCGCCGCGUUCUCGAAGAAACCCAAUCAAAAGAAAACAACUACGCUACAUUUGAUUUCAAUAAGAUACUCAUAGACGAAGAAGGUGAUGACGAAAACCCGGAUUCAAACAAGCCCUACAGUCUUGGACCGAAGAUUUCAGAUUGGGAUGAACAGAGAACUGAAUGGCUCAAGAUUAAUCGUAAAUUUCAAAUUCCAAAUAAGCCGAGGGUUCUUCUUGUCACUGGUUCAUCGCCGAAACCCUGUGAAAACCCUGUUGGGGAUCAUUACCUUGUGAAAUCGAUUAAGAACAAAAUCGAUUAUUGUAGGCUACAUGGGAUUGAAAUUUUCUAUAACAUGGCUUUAUUUGAUGCAGAAAUGUCUGGGUUUUGGGCAAAACUUCCAUUGAUUCGGAAGCUUUUGUUAUCUCAACCUGAAAUUGAGUUCUUAUGGUGGAUUGAUAGUGAUGCCAUGUUUACAGAUAUGGCGUUUGAAGUUCCAUGGGAGAGGUAUAAAGAUCAUAACUUGGUUAUGCACGGAUGGAAUGAUAUGGUUUAUGAUGAGAAGAAUUGGAUUGGCUUAAACACUGGAAGUUUCUUGUUGAGGAAUUGUCAAUGGUCAUUAGAUAUUCUUGAUGCUUGGGCUCCAAUGGGUCCAAAAGGGAAGGUUAGAGAGGAUUCAGGCAAGAUUCUUACUAAAGAAUUGAAGAACAGACCGGUUUUUGAAGCUGAUGAUCAGUCGGCUAUGGUGUAUCUGCUUGCGACGCAGAGAGAUAGGUGGGGGGAAAAGGUUUAUUUGGAGAAUGCAUAUUAUCUGCAUGGUUAUUGGGGGAUUCUAGUUGACAGGUACGAGGAAAUGAUGGAGAAUUACCAUCCGGGUUUGGGUGAUCAUAGAUGGCCACUCGUGACCCAUUUUGUCGGGUGCAAACCUUGUGGGAAAUUCGGGGAUUAUCCGGUUGAGAGAUGCUUGAAGCAGAUGGAUCGCGCGUUUAACUUUGGCGAUAAUCAGAUUCUUCAUAUGUAUGGUUUUGAACACAAGUCUCUUGGGAGUAGGCGAGUUAAACGCGUUAAGAAUGAAUCUAGUAAUCCACUUGAAGUUAAGGAUGAACUCGGAUUGCUUCAUCCUGCAUUCAAGGCUAUUCAAUCGCCUUAGAAUUGUAAUUCUAUACAGCUUGUUUCAUAUUGUUUGUGAAAAGUAAA